UUGCUCGUGUUACGUCGACCGGUCGCACGCCGCGUGUGUCGAAAAGAACUUUUAUUUAUUAUUAUUUAAAACAAAAAAACCAUGUGAUAAAAACAACGUCGUCGUCCGUCAAUCGACAUAAAAACAUAUAUAAAUUUAAAUAUAUAUUUGUCAUAAUAUAUACAUAUAUAUGUACAUCGCGCGUUAUUGUUUUGUGUGUGUGUGUUUUUUUAUGAUUUGAUUUCUGUAAAUCAUCAUACCAAGUAAAAAACGUUAGAUAAAUGUGCUCGCGGGUGUUGUGCGGACGGCGUGCAAGUGUUAUGGUCGCGGUGCGUUGCCGGGCGGGUUAUGGAAGAAAAUGACAAGCGCAGAAACGCCUUGGCUGAAGAUACCAGUGACCACCGGCAACAGCAACACCACCAGAGGGUCCACGGCCAAAACAAAAGCAACGGGGGAGCCGUGGACGUUUUGCCGAACGGAAGAGAAAUGAGCGUUCCAGACUUCCAGAGUGCCCUGACCGGUAAAUCCUGUAACGAAGGAUGGCCUACCGAACAAGAAAUAAUGGAACAUCCCGGUUUGAGGAACACCCCGUUGGCCAUGUUGGCUGCUCAAUGCAACAAACUGCAGAGCAAGUCCCCGCCACCUCUUGCGGACGCCGCCGUCGGCAAAGGUUUCUAUCCUUGGAAAAAGAGCCCGCAACAGCAGUCCAACGACAUGUCCGGUUCGCCAUUACAGCAACAGCAGCAGCAACAACAACAACAACAACAACAACAACAGCAGCAGCAACAGCAGCAACAACAGCAGCAGCAACAACAACAGCAGUGCCAGCAAAGGAAUCCUGUGUCCAGCGCGGCCGAAUCACCGCGGCCCGUGGUCACGUCCACUUCGUCGGCUCCUUCCACGCCGGUACCGGCGGGCGCCGGUUAUCCGCCUCCGCCACCGCAUCACGGCAACAUCUACUUCGGCGGUGGACACCAGACGCUGACAGACAACGGCCAUCAUCAUCAUCAGAGUCCGCUGUUAGGCAAAGUCGACAACCACAGCGCGUUGUACGGCCGUCAUCCGUACGAAUGGCCAUUCAACUCAAUGGGUACCGCGGGACACCACGCGCCAGCUAUCAAGACGGAAUCCGUCAAUCCCGCUUGGUGGGACGUGCACGGAAGCGGAUGGCUCGAUAUGAGUGGCGGUAUGCACGCUCAGAUGGCCAACUACGCCGCUCAGUCGGACUACUCGUCGUUGAGCCACUCGUUGGCCGCGUCCAACACGGCCCAUCAUCUGUUUUCGGCCAACCAACACUUUUUACAAGACACUUAUAAGUCCAUACUGCCCGGCGCUCAGACAUCUUUCGGACUCAGCCAUCACCACCAUCCGUCGGCCGUCACGUCUUCGGCGCCCGGCUCGUCGCCCGGUUCAGCGGCCGCGGCGGCCGUGUCGGCGGCGUACAACUCGACACCGCAGACGCCGUCGCCGCGUACCCAGCGCCGGUACACAGGCCGUGCCACCUGCGACUGUCCCAACUGCCAGGAAGCCGAGCGGCUCGGACCGGCCGGAGGCCAUCUCAAGAAGAACGUGCACAGUUGUCACAUACCCGGCUGCGGCAAGGUUUACGGCAAGACUUCGCACCUGAAAGCUCACCUGCGGUGGCACACGGGCGAACGGCCGUUCGUGUGCAACUGGCUGUUCUGCGGCAAGCGGUUCACCCGGUCCGACGAGCUGCAGCGGCACUUGCGCACCCACACCGGCGAAAAAAGAUUCGCUUGUCCCGUGUGCAACAAACGGUUCAUGCGGUCCGACCACCUGGCCAAGCACGUCAAGACGCACAACGGCAACAGCGGCAGCAAGAAGGGCAGCAGCGAGUCGUGUUCCGACUCCGAGAACAGUCAAAGCGCGGCCGACGGUUCUUCACCGCACGCCCAACACCAGCAGCAACAACAACAACAACACGGCCAGCAUCACCAACAACAGCAACACGGCGCGCCACCACUGUUGUCCCUGCACAACAACAUGACCGACAUGGUGGACGUGAAGCCGCCGCUCGGCAUGCCCGGGUCGGCCGCCGGCCUUGUUCGAUGGAGUCCCGUGGUCAGUUCCGUCGGCUCGGUGGUGCCAUUGUCGCCGCCGUCGUCGCACGUACCACCACCGCCGCCGUCGUCGUUCAUGCCUGUACAACAGCAACAGCAGCACCAAAAAGACCCGAAGAACGCGUUCUGCUGGAACAAAGAUCCAAAAAUGUACCAAGAAAAAUUGGAAUGACUAUUACCGUCACAGGCGGCUGCCUCACAGUACCACCAACAACACCGCCACAGCAACAACAACAACACGAUGUUGCUGAUGCAGCCGCCGCACUCAGUUUUCUAGUCUGCAGUACAACACCAUGGCUAUUGUACUAGAUGUCAUGCAAAACCGGCGCCCGACUGUGGAUACAAUAUUAACUAAAAUACAAUAAUAUUGUCCGUUGUGUUGUUAAUAUAUUAUAAUAUUUAUAAGAGGAUUAUAAUUGAUGUGUAAUCGCGGAGCGUCGACUAAACAAUCAAAAAAUAAUGUAUACUGUUUAUAUUAUCCAUUUUUGGAUAAAUGUAUAAAAUAUUGUUGUUCAAUUAUGAUCAUCCCAGUUCGAUAUCAUAGACAAAAAAAAAUAUAGUUUUGUUGUACAUUAUAGUAUAUCUAUAUUUAUAUAUUAAAAAA